AUGAAGACCUUCUCCGCUACUCUCGUCGCCGCCUUCGCCGCUGUCGCCCAGGCUGUCCAGCUUACCAACAGCGACUUCGCCAUCACCGCCGGCCAGCCCUUCACCAUCACCUGGUCCGGUGCCACCGGUGCCGUCACCCUCAACCUGAAGAACGGCGCCAGCACCGACCUGAAGACCGUCGCCGCCAUCACCACUGGUGCUACUGGCAACUCCUUCACCUGGACCCCUUCUGCCAGCCUCCCCGCUGACACCUACGCCAUCGAGAUCACCGACGGCAGUGAGACCAACUACUCUGGUCAGUUCCAGAUCUCCGGUGCCUCCGGCGCGGCCACUGCCACCGGUGCCAGCUCCACUGCUGCUUCCGCUUCCGCUUCGGCCUCUGCUUCUGCUUCCGCCUCUGCGUCUGCUUCUGCCUCCGCUACCGUCACCGUCACCUCCGCCGCCUCUUCUACCGCCUCUGAGACUGCUGCCACCGUCUCCUCUGCCGCCAACUCCACCAUCGCUUCUACUGUUUCCACCAGCACCCGCGCCAGCACUCGCGUCUCCUCCACUACUGGUGCCACCACCUCCCCCACCACUGUCCCUGGCAGCGACUCUGUCCGCCUCGGCUCUCCCAUUGCCCUCAUCGGCCUCACCGUCGCCGCCAUGCUCUACUUCCAGUAA